AUGGCGUCGGAAUUCAUUGGAUACAAUGUCCUCGUGACGCUUAGAGCACCACCCAAUGCAAGCAUCCAAGGAGUGGUGGCUAACGUCAUUGGCCAACGUCUGAUGCUCAGGAACGUGACGCUGUCUUGGAACGGUCAGCAGUUACCUACAUAUUCGAUUGAAGCCCCCGACAUCGCAGAUCUGUCUUUGGGACCGGCCAACGCACAGCCUACCUAUCCUGUCCAAGAGAACAGACACCUCGCCCGCGAGACAUCUGUGACUCCAACUCAACAAUCGUUCGUCGAUCCGGCGAUAGUCAGCUAUGGAAAGCCACCCAUCAAACAUUUCAGCCAAAGUACCGAAUUGCAGAGCCAUCCAAUUCCAGGCGCACCAAGUGCCCAAUUACGCUCUCGAACCCCGCAAAAAGCUCAGUUCAGGGAACCUACCGUAUCCGCCGCUUUGACGGAACCGUUCAGCAACUUGGAGGUGAAUAUUGAUGGCAACGUGAAGGAUCCUCAAAUUUUGGUCUCAAACGAGGCCAUUGAAGAUGUGCUUGAUGAGGUUGAAGAUGUCGCUCCUUUACAGGCCGCUGCGCAGUUCACGACGAAGCGUAGCCGUCAAAGUGGUCGGAAUAGACUUCCGAAAGAUGGCGCCGUCAACGAGCAUGAUGGGGCGAACAACACCAAUCCGAAAACGAAAGGAUGGCGGCAGACUGCCUUUGUCCAACCUGCACAUGGACCGGACCUCAAAACUCCACAAAAGUACAGGGACAAUCUAGCAGAUUCCAAUGGACGACGUCGCAAGAAGAAGGGUCGCAACUAUGCCGAGGAUCCCAAUGGCUGGGCUACCGAGGACGCAACAGAUAUCCAAGAGAUGGGCGAAUUUGAUUUCCAGAGUAACCUGUCAAAAUUUGAUAAGAGAAGGGUCUUUGAAGAGAUCAGGAACGAUGAUACUACGGCAGACGAAGAUCGACUUGUCAGUUUCAACCGGAGGCCGAAGCCUGGAACCAAUGGCGGGAAGAAUCUACAUUGGACGGAGAAUGUCCUUGACAGUCCCCAGGAAAGUGAAAACGAGGAGUCUGAACAGGAACGGAGUGAUGCUAAGUUGAGCAGUGGGAAUUACUCGGGACGUGAGCCAUCGAGGGCAUCUGCGCGUGCUCGAGAAUCUCGAAAAGGAAGUGCAAUCCUAGGUCAACCUCUGGUCCCGCCGCAAAUCAGUACUAUUGGCCGCAGUCAACUGAGCUCCUCGCGUACCACCAGUCCACGUCCGAACAAAACUCCCGUUUCGGCAUCGCCCAUGGCUGGCGCUGGAGUUUCAGGUGCUUCUUUGCGACUGACAACUACCAACCGCAGCUGUCCGACAGUGAGCCCCCUACAGACUCUUGAAGUCGAGCAGAUUGCAGUGGCAGAGCUUGGUUUGACGGAAGAUAUGAUUACGGAGAACGCCGGAAGAGAUAUAGCAGAAGCUGCAGUUGGCUUGCUGUCAAACGACGCCGCUGCCCCUACGAUCCUUGUUCUCACAGGGAACCACCGGACCGGGGCUCGGGCUGUGUCUGCCGCGCGGCAUCUUCGUAAUCGAGGUCAUCGUGUCACCGUCUGCGUAUUGGGUCUUGAGCAUGAGAAUGAGCUACUUGAGAGCUGCCGCAAGCAACUUGAAGUUUUCAAGAAGAUCGGUGGUCGUGUAUUCCGGUGGGAAGACCUAUCUGCACGGCUGUCCACAUCCGAAUUUGUUCCUGAUCUGGUUGUUGACGCACUGUUUGGUAUCCACAUUUCAUUUGAGGACCUUCGGACAGAUGAUCAGGCCAUCGCUUUUGAGAUGAUUGCUUGGGUUAACCGCAGUGGUCUUGACAUUCUGUCUGUCGAUGUCCCAUCGGGCCUAUCAGCCUCCAGUGGCGAGGUGACAAUGGUGGAAGAUGGCCGUGUGUGCGUCAACUCUACAUCGGUCGUAUGCCUCGGCGCGCCAAAAACCGGUAUCAUCAAUGCCCUUCUUGCCGGCGAGGGUCUGUCGUGGAAUCUCGCUGUCGCAGACAUCGGUAUCCCGCAGAUUGUAUGGCGCAAGUAUGGCACUCGCCGUCGACACGGGAUAGACUUUGGGAAUCGCUGGGUGGUACCCCUUCGCUUCCAGCCUCCUCCUGCCUAA